AUGGAGCAGCGAAGUGAGGUGCCCGAGGCCACACCGCCAGGCAGUGGCCGAGGCUGGGGCAGCGCAGAGUUCAGCGCGCCCCGCAGCCUGGUCCCACGCAACCCCAGGCUCGCCCGGGGCACAGCGGGCGAGAGAACCGCUGAGGGUGUCUUGGAGGAGACCCCAGCCCAGCCCGUCCCCCAGCGCUGGCGGGGGCUGCCCGGCGGCACUGACCUGAGCGGCCCGGUUCCCCUCGGCGUGGCGCCCCGGGGCGCGCGCUUUGCCCCGGCCGGCGCAGGUGCGCGGGCGCUUUGCUCACGCCCGGGGCUGGAGGAGACGCGCGCGCAGCGGCCGCCCCUGGCCGCGCACUGGCCCCUGCGCCCGGCUGCCUCGGGCGAGUGGACUCCGGCGGCCCGCGUCCGAGCGCCAGCGCCAUUGGUUCUGGGGACGGGACCGGCAGGCAGCUAUUGUUCCCACGUGAUUCGGAGUGGGAGCGGGGGGGAGGCAGUCCGGGGCACUGGCUCGGCGGCGCUGCUGCGGGGCAGCUUGCCAUGGCGGCCAGAGCUCAUCAGCAGAGGUGACCAUGAUGGAGUCCCAGAAUCGCAAAAGAGCUGCAGCAUGGACCGAACGGGAGCUGCAUGUGUUUCAAGGAUCACAGGAUCUUCUCCUUUUUAGAGGCUAGUGAAGAUAGAAGGCGAAAAAAAAUGCACUUAUGAUGAAAUGUUCUCUGAGCUCAUGCUGUCCUCCCACACUGACAGAGCACAGACGAAUGCAUGGAGGCAGACAAUGUCAGAGUGUAGGAAAGCACAAAAUGACCAGGAGGAGAGGUGGAGGGCUGAAGAGAGUAAGUGGCGGGCUGAAGCUGAAAGGUGGCGGCAGCGUGAUGAGAGGAGGCAGGAUUCAAUGCUGAGGCUGCUGGAGGAUCAAACCAAUAUGCUCCAGCGUAUGGUUGAGCUGCAGGAAAGGCAGCAGGAGCACAGACCGCCACUACAGCCCCUGUGUAACCAACCGCCCUCCUCCCCAAGUUCCAUAGCCUCCUCACCUAGACGCCCAAGAAUGUGGUGGGGGGGCCUUCCGCCACCCGGCCACUCCACCCCAGAGGAUUGCCCAAGCAACAGAAGGCUGGCAUUCAAUAAGUUUUAAAGUGUUGUGUGGCCUUGUCCUUCUCUCCUCCACCACCCCUCGUGGGCUACCUUGGUAGUUAUCUCCCUAUUUGUGUGAUGAAUGAAUA